AACAUCCGCCACCCGUCGAUCUGUACCACGCCUUUGACUCUGUGUCAAUGCCGCAGACUUUCCGACCGGCUACCAUCAUAUCGCAAUAACUGAACCAAAGCCGGCCCCGAACCGUUUUGCCAUCUGCGAUUCUCCCACGACAACCUCCUGCGAUACAACCCCGCGACAGCCGCAUCGCAGCCUCGUGUCUGGGACCCAGCCGAUUUCGCUAAUCUGUGAAACACGGCAACCCCUCAACCCCAACGGUUUCGUGUGACCACGCCCUCGAAGAGCCCCUUGGCUUAGCCCACCUACCAUCAAACCAUGGACGAGUCUCUAGAGGCGCACCCCGGCGCCGCUGGCCAUUUCGCUGCCGAAGGAGCCCAUUCCAUGUUCCUCGGUGGUUUGCUGGCCUCCGCCGACACCAUCUCCCGCGCCACAUCGCCCGGACUGCCAUGUUCCAAUGGCUCAGACCAAGAUGACCAGAAGCGCUACCGCGACCGAACCUUCAGCUACUUUCGCCUGCUUCCCUUCGAUGUUGAGGAGGAGUCGCACAGGGAUGCUGCUUUGAACGGCAUCCUCAAGAACCUCUACAUCUCUGUAAUGGCCGAGGACUUUUCUCCAGGUGCUAUACACUGGACUCGCGAGCUUCAGGGAUGGCUAAACCUCAAGUUUGAGAUGACCAGGGAGCUCCGGGCUCGUCUCGCGCGUCUCUACUACCAUCUGGCGCUCGCCCCCGGCCUUGACACCAACACGGCUGAUAGGUUCGCGAGAAUGGUAGUCACGUUGACGCGCAAGCGCCAUUACCUGAAGCCAGUCGAAGAUUUGACGCUGGACUGGCGACCACUCUGGAAAGAGCUCAAGGGUCUGGUGUUCCCUUCCGAGACAGCUCCUCACCAAGGUAGCAGGAAACGUGCUCAAAAACACAUCAUGAAGCUCUGUCUUCACGGGAGUGUCUACUUUGAUCCCAAGGAGCGCCGCGCGAUACUGGACAAGCUUUUGCCCUACUUUAGCACCUCCGACUUGUCCAACGCCUACAUCGUUGCCGGCGCCAUCAAUACCCUGCUUCCAACCGGCCCAGCACCCCCAACCGAGCCCCAGUCACAGCCCUCUGAAUUCUUGCCAACCUUCUUCCACUUGUGGUCCCUCAUGACCCGGUCCAAGGCCUUUGACGUGGGCUUUAUUGACAUCUUUUCCCGAAUGGCCAGGGACUAUCUAAGCUGUACACAUGUUCCAUUCACUGAGCACGGUAUCUUCACUCGCGAGCAAUCCGACCUCAUCUUUACAGCCAUCUUGCGACUGACGGAAAUUCCCGUCGGGCAAGCCAACUCGCCAUAUGCCUCGCUUGAUUACUCUUCUGGGCUGGGGAUUUACUUGGAAAAGGACAAGAAAAAGUAUCCAGUGCCCUACAUGGUUGCUAGGUGGAUUGUACACUCAAUAUCACCGCUUUGCCUUGACCAGGAAAGUUCCAUCAUGUCCAAUCUUGAGGGUCUAAUGGAGUCAAUAGACACCUUCUUCCACCCUUCGAACCAGGGAGCGUGGUCCAUGUUUCUCGCCCAGUUGACCUUCUUCUUGACCGAUAUUUUCGUUUCACGCUGGAAUCGUGAGCAGAGCGGCGAGCUUGGUAUCCCCGCAGACCGUCGGAUAAACGACGACUUGAAGAAGCGUUUUGUGCUCUCCCUCAGAGAGGUUACCUUCAUGGGUCUCUUCGCCAAGAGCUCAAAGGUCGUUAAUUACUACUAUACCGCCCUUCAAGGGCUCACAUACCUCGAGCCGGACCUGAUGCUUCCUGGUGCCCUACAACGAUUCUACCCAAGUUUGCAAGGGCUUGUAGAGGUGCACCGGACGACAUCGAGUCUCUGCAGUCUUCAAAUGAUUGCCAACAUCAUGUCGAAGCAAAAGGGGUACCGCUGUCACAUUACCGCUCUUCUGGCUUUAGCCCUUCCCGGCAUUGAUGCGAACGAUCUCAACAAGACACAGUACACCUUGAACUUUAUCCAAAGUGUGGCAUACAGCAUCCCUUUUGUCCCGCUGGUCGAUGAGAAUCACGACAUUCAUGACACGAGUCUUGCCAUGAACUGGGUCCAGGGUGAAAUGGAGAGAAUGGAACGCGAAGGGCAAGAUGUCAAGAUCAACUACAACGAGGAACUCAGUGACGAAGACGAAGCAAACAUCCUUCGAUCCUCCACCGCUGGUCUUGGAGAGUUUGUCAUGACUUUACUAGGCAAGGUGUUUGCUUUGCUGGAGAACCUUCCGGAUGCGAGCCAUUUACGAACAGGCUCACCCGAGGAUAAUGUGAUCAACACACUCCCCGCUGCGCUCACGCCUCUGUUCGCGUCUCUUUCCCCCCAGCUCUUUGACUCGGCCCUGGAGAAGCUUGCAAACUUUGUGUCGACUCAUGUCGUGCACCAGGCUCGGGAUGCCAUGGCAUGGAUCUGCAAUGCUCUUUGCAAGGUUAACCCAGAAAAGACGCUCAAAGUCUUCAUUCCCAUGCUUAUCGUCAACAUCCGCAAUGAAAUUGACUACAACGGUGCUGCAUCAGAUCGAAGCAGUGGCACCGAAGUGCUUCCCAGGGAUAGAGCCUUGGUCUGGCAUGUGAGCAUGCUAAGCAUGUGCGUGGUCCAUGUCGGCGGUGAGGUUCUCAAGUACAAGGACGAGCUUUUCGGCAUCGCCAAGUAUAUGCAAGAGAAAUGCCGUGGUCUGCCCACCAUUCAUAUCUCCAACUACGUCCAUCAUUUACUGCUCAACCUUACUCAUACCUACCCAAUUGACAAUGCUCUGUUUGAGCCCGAUGUCAUUGCUCGCGGCAUCGACGUCAGUGAUUGGGGCCGUACAACGCCACCAUCUGAACUCACCAUCAAGUGGCACCGGCCGUCUCCCGCCGAAGUUGCUUUUGCUGUUGAGCUGUUCGAAAGCGAGGCCCGUGGUGCUACGGAGAGACUCAUGCAGCUCAUGAGCGAUGAUCCUCCGGUUAGCAGAAAGGGAAAGAACAAGGAGUGGUCAGAUGAGUUGUCGCGGAGCUUAACAGCACUUCGCCUUUUAAUCUCGGGCGUCUCAACUCUUUUCGACCCUGUUCGUGCGUCAGGGGAAGCUAGUGGCUCCUCCGGUAACCAGGACACUGAUGCGGCCGGUGACACAAUUAUGGAAGAGGACGAUGACCCCCUGGCUGAAAUUGCCGAUGAUGAUGAGCUCAAGCGCACAUUCCGGUAUCCGGCUGGAUACGUUUUGACUCCGGAUGAUCCUCUCUACCAUCGCGUGCACGAUCUCCGCGAGGAGGUCGGCAGGACACUUUCGCAAACUCAUUCGUUCUUGAACGCAAAUCAGCAGGACGACGUUGCGUGCUUCACGGCUCUGUAUAGCGCUUACAGAACGUGGAUUACCGACGUGGGAAUUGAACGUUCUGCCCAUCCCUUGGAGCGUUUGACUCGCUUGUACAAGGCCGACAUUUCUCCGUUCAAGAUUUCUGGUCUGCGAAAAGAAUAUCCUCGGCCACUCUUGAUCAAGCGUGCGGAUGCGUACCAGCUCCAGCGCGUCAAAUACAACUCGGCGUACCGCACAAAGAGUGAACUGGAUCAACGGCUGCUCCUGGAUCUUGCCGAGUCUUGCACGUCAUCAUACGCGGAUGUUCGUCGGGUCGCACAAAGUGCGCAAGACUCCUCACUCAAGGUCAUCAUUGGCGGAAGGCCCCUUGUUAUUCCAGUCAUCCUCAAGGCUUUGCGCAAGGCGCUGGAUGACGCUGAUCAUGACCGUAUCAAGGGCGCCAUGUAUACCCUAUUCUUCACCACCCUGCUCAAGACGUGCAUGAAAGACUGGCGGUUCGCUCCCGAGCUUAUGAGGCUCUACAUCGAAACCGCUAGUGUAGACAAGACAUCUAUUCAGAACCUGGGCGCCACAGCUCUCUACCCGCUGAUUGAUUUCGGCAAGCCGUUUGAGCGCAUGAUCCUCUUCGAUCGAUCCAUCCUUGACACCAUUCAACCCUCGCAAGACUUCUCAGCGGCCAUCCAACGGCGUCACGAGUUCAUUAAAGAACGCCGCGCUAAGGUGGAGGAGAAGAAGGCUGCAUUGGGCUUGGAAUUGAUUCAGAAGGCCAAGGCUUCACACUGGAAGGUCGCCACGAGGUGUGCCAUGUUCGCACUCAACAUGUCUCUUCGGUUCGAGACACUAGCGCCUCCCGAGUUCAUCGAAUUGGUCGUCACCGGCACGAAUGAUCCUCAUCCCGGUCUUCGCUCGACUUAUCUGGCUGCAUUUAGUGGGCUAUGUACCUCCAUUGAUAUGAGGGCGGUCUACCAGCACAGCUAUGAGAAGUACUUGCUAGAGCAGGAUGUCGGAGACAACAAGUUUGAGGUUACCGUCCCUGCAGACGAUCCUGAGUGGACUCAGAAGUUCCUCGCCCAGUUCGAGAACUAUGAUGAGAUCAAGUACUUUGUCGAUAGCGACCAUCCUGGUUGGUUGGUGUGGGGCAAGACGUUCAUAGCCUCGUCCGCGAACCCGGAGCCAUUCCUGGGGUAUGACGAGGUCGAGACAGCUGCUCGUCAGCAAAUUGGAAAGCUUUUGACCCGCGACUGGUUCAAGCAAUGCUUCGAGUACCUCAAGCAGGAACCCAGAGAUGCCGGCGCAGACAGAUUUAGAAUGUCUAACGUCGUGCUUCUCAUGCAAGUCUUUGACCUCAUGAACUAUGGUCAGACAGCCGCCACGUUUGACGACAUCGUUGAGUUAACAAAGGAAAUCUACGGAGAUGGCAGCGACAAGCAUCAGCACCGUGCUACGGCAGAAAUCGUUGGAGCCAUGCUGUCCGGAAGUAGCGAUGACCCCCGCGAGUUCCGCGACAAAGUAUGGGCUUUUGCGGCCCCUUUGAUGCUCAAAGUGAUCGCGGACGAUUUGACGCCGGAUAAUCUGCAGUACUGGAUGACGUGUCUUCAUCUUACCGUUGAUUCCAAGGACCCUAGACGUUCGAAGGAGCUCAUCGACCCUUUGGCGAACUUCCGCCUUGAUAUGAACUCGAAUGCAGCCUUCAAGGAGUCCGCUAAGAUUCAGCUGCUGGAGUUCAUCAUUAACGAUGCUGGCUGGCAUUUCCGGCGCGACAAGCCCAUCCUCGAAGACUUCCUUGCCCAUAUUGACCAUCCCUACAAGUCUGUUCGAGAAUCCAUUGGUAGAGUUAUUGCAACGAUUUAUCGGACCAGAUACCACGAGUCAUUCCCCAAUGUCUCGUCUCUGCUUGAACAGAACAAGAGUGCCUCCUCGAUUGGUAUUCGCCCUUACGAGGCAACCGAAGACUUCACGGCUACGAUCCGCGAGAUCUUUGAUCGUCUCGAAAAGUGGCGUCAUGAGCGCACUCCCGGACAACAGACUCCCUCCAGCUACACGUCUGGUUCCAAGACGGUACUCGUGUGGCUGGAUAGCAUGCUCGCCUCGCAGGAAUGCAUCCAACUUGUGCCCUUCUUCCCCGAGCCGUUUAUUGACCAGCUGUUGCACAUGAUGGACGUCAAGGAAGACCCCGAGCUCAUGCGGCUCGCAUACCACGUUUACCGGCACAUGCCCAACAUUCCCUUCCGGUCCGGCGAGGAUGACGCAUUCAUCGCAGCCCUGAUCCGGGUUGGAAAGACGGCGACAUCAUGGCAUCAGCGCCUACGCGCUCUGGUCAACAUGCAAGUCAUCUACUUCCGCUGUCUCUUCCUGACCCAGCCGGCCCAGCGACAAAUGCUCUUCGACGCCGUCGGCGACAUGCUGUCGGACGUGCAACUUGAAGUCCGUGAUGGAGCCAGCGCCACGCUCGCUGGCAUGAUUAGGUGCUCGCCGGAGAGCAUUCGCAACCCCAUCAUCGAGCAGCUCAAGGCCCGCUUCCAGCUGCAGCUGAAGAUGAACCCGAUUCCCAAGCGUAAGUUGCCGGGUACCGAUACGCCCGUUGACGUGCAGAAGCAGAUUGUCAGACGGCAUGCGGCCGUGCUGGGUUUGGGCGCCCUCAUCGAGGCGUUCCCCUAUGCGACGCCGCCGCCCAAGUGGAUGCCUGAGGUGUUGGCGCACUUGGCGACGCACGCGGCGAGUGAUCCGGGUGUUGUGGGCAAGGCGACCAAGGGCAUCUUGGCGGAGUUCAAGAAGACGAGGCAGGAUAGUUGGACGGUUGAUCAGAAGUACUUUACAAGCGAGCAACUGGAGGAUUUGGAGGGUGUGUUGUGGAAGAGUUACUUUGCCUAAGGCAUUGGCAGAUGAUGUGGUGAUGUGGUGAUUUGGUCACAUGGAGUCGUGGUCAAAUGAAGUGUUGAACGAAACUACAGCGUGCAAGGCCCAGUUUGUGUGGGAUAACCCAAGAGAGAGAUACGCAGAUGAGAGAAACGACAGCGAGAUAGAUUCAAGUAAAGAAGCAUGUUAAUUCAUCAAAGCAAAAUACAGGUAUCUCGAUA